AUAAUUUGAGUACUUUAUUGGGUGGUGUAGGAAUGUGUGUUUUAAAGAUGGUGCGCAGGCUAGAUGUAAACACUACUUUUUGUUGAUGAAGACUAGUCUAGUCAUAGUUAGGCAUCGAUGUUAGUGCUAAUAUUUGAUCAAUAUUAAUUUAACUUUGUUAAAUAAUAAAAGUAAAACACCUGAAAAUGUCACGGGCUGCUGGAACUCUGAUUACCACAAAUAAUGCUACCUACAUACCACCUCGUUUCAUGCCCGGCUAUAGAGGGUAUUGCCCAACUACUAAAUUUGACUACGGUGAGACAUAUGGCAAUCAAACAGCCAAGUACUUUCAGGACUACAGAUCUUCAGUUUUAAACAGCUCAGCAGAUCCCUUGUGUAGGGGUGGCUCAUUUCCUACAGUCUAUUCCCACAACCCAGACCUUGUUAUAAGCAACAGAACAAGAACACAGGAUCGCUGGCUGCUGGCUCCAAAAUAUCAGCUGUCCAAUGUGGACCAUGACCGUAAAGAGGAGAUUUAUCAAUUUAAUAGGCUGUCUCAAGCUCAUCGAGAACACUACACAGAUAAGAGUGGAACUGUGAAGCCAGUUGACUACUUUAGUAUUCCUCUCUCUGGAGAAGAGCAGUUUAAAAGACAGAUUCCUUUCUGUGCUUUGUCUAUAAAAAGUGAAGACAUCGUUUUUCCUCCGCUUGAUUCAGCUAAAAAGCUUCGGCAAGCAGGAGAAAGCACACAACGAAGUCGCUCCAUGAGAAACGUGGAAUUUGAAAGGCGAUAAGACGGACAAGACUUGGUGGGGGGAGACUUAUUGUGUGUGGUACAUUCUGCAGGGGAGACUACUCUCUGCUGAAUUAAUCAUUUGGGGAAGUGAUGCUAGGCCUACUGCUUUUGAAAAAUGGGAAUAUUUUAAAUGAUACGAGCAGUCCUAGAAACCAUCACGUUGGAAGUAUAAAAUGUGUAACAAUCAGAGACUGGUGUGUUUAAAUGAGUAACGGAAAGUCUAAGAUACAUUUGUACCAUUAUUUUGUGUUGAUUGAAAUUUCCAUACACUUCUACAAUCAUUUUACAUAUUAUUUGCUACUAAACUAUUUUACACAAAAUAGUCUUACUGAUCAAGAAUCUAUAUUUUCUGUUGAUUUUUACCAAGAGUGCAUCACAUUGUUGGAAAUAUUUGAAAUAAAUACUGGACUGACAGAUCAAUAAAUUGUUUUUUGAGUAUGACAUC